AUGUAUUUAAAUUGUGAAAAGUGUAAAGACACCAAUCCUGAAAUGAAUUUGACAGAUAUUACAAACAAUACAGAAUGCACAUGGAUACAGUGGAUUAGAAAGGAAUUUACGUUUGAGAAGGGAAUAGAAAGAAAAAUUACUACUACAAAGAAAUAUGCUAAAGAAAGUAUUAAGGGUACAUUUUCAGAACUCAAAGAAAUGUUUUUAGCUGAUCUACGUGCAUUCCGGCAGCAUUUCUUUAAUAUAAAUCAUCAGCACAAAAAAUAUCGAGAAGUUAUUGAUAACCUACUACCCAAUGAAGCAGCUCUAAUAAUAGAUUUCUCAGAAAAUUAUUCCUAUACUAUGUUGCAUCAGCCCUCUUCAAGUUCCAACUUAGAAAUUGUUCCCAUUGAUAUAAAAAAAUACGAUUAUGUAUUGUCUCAAGCCCAGCUGCGAGAUCACAGUUGGAGCCACACGGAGUCGAAGCAGUUCGAGUGCCCGCAGUGCCACAAGCUGUUCCAGCGGCGUAACCUUUUGAUCAAUCAUCGCCGAUCGCACCUGAUGCCGAGGGCGAAGCGUCAAUGCACCGUCUGCAACAAGACCUUCAGCAACGCCAGCAACCUGCAUCGACACAAAGUGAUCCACACUGGCUUGAGAAAUCAAAAGUGUGAGAUAUGCGGGAAAUGCUUUAAAGACUUCGCCACCAAAAAAAUUCACAUCACAUAUGUUCAUUUGAAGAAGCCGUGGCCGAAGAGGAAUAGAUCUAAGUCGGCGAAGACGAGACAGGCUACCCUCACACAAACUCCACUGCCCACUAGUGAGAGCGACAGGAAUACUGAGCAACCCACGUGGUCCGAAUCCAUCGUACGGAAAGAUUCUAGCCGAGAAUAUAUCGACGGUGGUAAAUGUUUAGCAGACUUACAUGCAGACUAUAAAGCACAAUGUUUGGAGCAAGGAGACCGUUGUGAGUUGUGUGUAAGCUACGAAAAUGCAAAUGGAUCUGCAAAAGAGGAACUACAGGAAAAGUACAUGUUACAUCAGGAAGAAAAGGAUUUAUCUAGAAUAGAAAAAGAGAGUGAUAAAAAUAAAGCGUGCAAUGAUUACAUCGUAGCUGUUUGA